AUGAAGUUUGUUAAACCUAGUUUGGACAUUCUGACCAACAUCUGCUUCACAGAGCCACGUGAUGGACUCUGUGCUCCUGUGCCCGGACAGUCUGAUGAGGUUCUGGUCACCAUCGACUCAGAUGCUCUGAUGGUGGCCUCACCUGAAGGAGAGGCUGCAGGUCGGAAAGGUCCGGACCCACAGCUGUGGAACAGCAGCUAUCUGGAGAGACACCGCAGGAAGCGCAUCACACAGAGCUGCAGCAUGCUGUGUCGCCUGCUACCCACAAUCCAAGGCAGCCAUGUUGACAUGGUAACAGUGCUGGAGAUGACGGUGGCGCUCUUAAAGACAGUUCAGGAAGUAGUCCCAGCUGAGGACCCAAACAUACAGGUGUGUCCUCCUGCCGCCCUUCAUGCUCAUUAGCUGUCAGAGUCAGAAGAUCCGGGAGGCCGGACACAAGAUGGCGGCUGACCAGAACCAGAGGAAGGUGAACAGGCAAGGAGGCGCCUCACUGAUGGAGGCGAAGAAGAGGAGCAGGAGACGGACAGAUGGAGACUGAAAGUAGAGUGAUGACAUCAUCCUACUGUCGCCAUGGCAGCUGUCCAGUUGGUUUAGUUCAAGACUAUUACUUUGACAGGAGUCAUUUCCUGUAUCCUUGCUUAGAGGAUGAUGAUGAUGAAGAAGAAGAAGAUUGGUUUUUGGUUUUAAAAUUAGGUUGUGCUUCCUGUCUGUGAGCUGCAUGAAUUCAAAAUAAAAGUUUUGUGAGGUUUUUGCACAAAUGAUUUAAAGCUUGUGAUUGGUGCAGAUCCUUGGGUCUGAGGCAACACCUCAUGCUGGGCUUACACUGUGCAAUUUUUGGCUCAUUUUGAGCCAAUUUUUCAGUUGUGCGACCGUUUUGGUGAUCGGCCCGAGUUUUGCCUUCAUCGUGUGUCGUGCAUCGUGUAGUACACAUGGGGUAAC